CAUUUAACUAAAAUUAAAUACAUUUAUUUUUAUUAAAAUUAAAUAUUUAAAAACAAAACAUGAAUUUCAAUAAAAUUUUCGUAUUCUUCGCCCUAAUUUUGGUGGCUGUUGUGGGUCAAAAUGAAGCUAAAUGGUUGAAAAAGUUUGGCAAGAGAAUUGAACGUGUGGGACAAAAUACCCGUGAUGCUACCAUAAAAACCAUUGGUGUUGCCCAACAGGCGGCAGAUGUGGCCGCCACUUUGAAGGGAUAAAUGAAUAAUGUUAAUUUAGAUUUUAAAGGCCU